UUUUCGAGACAGCCUUCCCCGUGGGAGGGCUGGCGGCCGUGCGCAUCUUCUCGAGCCACUCGCUACGCGUGUGUCUGCUGGGAAGACGGCUUCAGGGAGUCUCGUGGGGGGCUUCCUUUCGAGGAACGGCCCGAUCCCAAAUGGCUCACAAGGAAGUCCCACGAAUGUCAGGAGGACUUCCAGCUAAAGCGCGUAGCUUGGGGAUUCUCAAAUUUGGAUCCCCAGAUGUUGUGGGAGUUGCAGACGUCCACCAACAUCUGGGGACCCAUGUUUAAGAGUCCUGUUCGCUGGGUGGCUGUGCCUCUUCUAUCGGACUGAAACCCGGCCUGUUGUGCAACCACCUUCUCAAAUCUCUGAAGAAGAGGGAGAUUUUGUUAACAAGUGGAUUCACUCGACCGGUUCUGUCUGUGGUUUCCCUCUCAGCGAUCUCCCACCCACAUCAGUGAUUGCAAUAGCUGCUAACUACAGCCUUGGUCGCUCAUGCCCUAUUGAUUUCUCACUUGAUGGUUCGCUGCUGACUGAAUGUGUCUCCAUGAAAGAGCAUUGUAUGGUUAAUUUGUCCUCCCUGCACACUGCAACACUCCUUCCACCUCCCUUAUAUGUGUGUGCUUGCUCAUGAGAUCCUUAAGGGGACAACUUUGUAAGGGCUUCUGGGGACAGCCCUCUGUCUGUAACUUAGCUUGGGGGAAAGUGGCUGAGAUGCAUAAUAGUGGGUCUCAGGAGGGUUCCUUGGGAUCAGGGACUAUGCUGGAUUUGGUCUCCAGUUGCCUGUUGCUAACCUAGAUAGACCCUUGACCACAUAUAGCAGGGCCUUAGAGAUCCUCUUUUAGAUAAUCCAGUUUCACUGCAUUUACAUUUUUAAAAAUCAGUAUUGCAAUGCACUUAUACAAAACUAAGGUGCAGCAGCAUUUGGAAUGUUUUCUACAGUUCUGAUUGCCCCAUCUAAAGAAGGGCAUUGAUGGACUGGGAAAAGUGCAGAAAAGGGCAACUGGAUGCAUGGAGGCACGCCACUGCCAUGUGGGCAGCUUGCUAAAAGGGGUAUUAGGAACAUAGGAAACUGCCAUAUACUGAGUCAGACCAUUGGUCUAUCUAGCUCAGUAUUGUCUUCACAGACUGGCAGCGCUUCUCCAAGGUUACAGGCAGGAAUCUCUCUCAGCCCUGUCUUGGAGAAGCCAGGGAAGGAACUUGAAACCUUCUGCUCUUCCCAGAGCGGCUCCAUCCCCUGAGGGGACUAUCUUGCAGUGCUCACACAUCAAGUCUCCCAUUCAUAUGAGCCCCUGGUGGUGCAGUGGUAAAACUGCCGCCCUGUAACCAGAAAGUUACAAGUUCAAUCCUGACUAGGGGCUCAAGGCUGACUCAGCCUUCCAUCCUUCCGAGGUCGGUAAAAUGAGUACCCAGAAUGUUGGGGGCAAUAUGCUAAAUCAUUGUAAACCGCUUAGAGAGCUUCGGCUAUAAAGCGGUAUAUAAAUGUAAGUGCUAUUGCUAUUGCUAUUGCUAUAUGCAACCAGGGCAGACCCUGCUUAGCUAUGGGGACAAGUCAUGCUUGCUACCACAAGACCAGCACCUCCUCUCCAGCUCUCCUAUUAUAGCGCACACUAUGGGUUGCAUCAAAUGGGGCAAGCAGUGGUGUCGGUCAACAUGCUGUGUGCGGAUAUUGGUGUUAACUUAACUGAUCCUGUGUUCAGAGGCUUAUAUAGAGGUACUCAAAAACAUCAAGAUGACUUCUUGGAUGUAGUGGACAGAGCGGUCAAAACUGGUGUUAAAAAGUUUAUGAUUACGGGUGGAAAUUUGCAAGACAGUAAAGAUGCACUGCAACUGGCACAAACAAAUGGCAUGUUUUACAGUACGGUUGGCUGCCAUCCUACCCGCUGUGGAGAAUUUGAACAGGGUAACCCUGACCAAUACUUAUCAGAGUUACAAGGUCUGGCUGAGAAAAAUAAAGGGAAGGUCAUAGCCGUUGGGGAGUGUGGCCUGGAUUUUGACAGAUUACAGUUCUGCCCCAAAGAUACACAGCUCAAAUAUUUUGAAAAACAAUUUGAUCUAUCUGAGCAAACAAAAUUACCAAUGUUUCUGCACUGUAGGAAUUCACAUCCAGAAUUCAUAGAUAUCAUGAGACGAAACAGAGAGAGGUGUGUGGGUGGCGUGGUACACUCUUUUGAUGGCACCAAAGAAGAAGCAGCAGCUCUCAUUGAGUUGGAUCUGUAUAUAGGAAUAAAUGGUUGUUCACUGAAAACAGAAGCCAACUUAGAAGCAGUGAGGUCUAUUCCCAAUGAAAGAUUAAUGCUAGAGACAGAUGCUCCAUGGUGCGGAGUGAAGAAUACUCAUGCUGGCUCAAAAUAUGUUAAGACCACAUUCCCUACCAAAAAGAAAUGGGAAUCGGGAUACUGCCUGAAGGACCGAAAUGAACCUUGUCAUAUAAUCCAAAUACUGGAAAUACUAGCAGCAGUACGUGAAGAAGAUCCACUUGAACUGGCAAACACGACAUAUAACAACAGUAUUAAAAUCUUCUUUCCAGAUAUGUAAGGUGUCCUAUCUUAUGAUAAAGCCUGUUAAUUCUACAUGAAUUUAAAAAAAUAAAACAUUAAAAUCUAUCAACUUUGAAACCA